UCCGGGAGACCCCGGUCCCGUGGGACCUAGAGGCCCGCCGGGUAUGAAAGGUGACAAAGGUGACCCGGGCCAGUCCAUCUCGGCUCCAUCUCUGCUGCAGGGUCCUGUUGGAAUAACAGUCAAUGAAAGUCAGAAAGCCAUCUUGAAAUGUACAGUCGAUGGUAAUCCAAGACCAAAAGUCACGUGGUCUAAACUAAAUUUAUCGCUUCCGGUUGGUUGUCACGUGUUAGAGUCCAGUGGUGCUCUGAUUGUGAAGGACGUUAGACCUGGAGACGACGGUGUUUAUAGCUGCAGGGCGGACAAUUUGUUGGGGCAAGUGAAUGCCUCGGCAAAACUAACCGUUCAGUUCGCUCCUCAACUUUCAUUGUCAUCCAAUAGAAAGAUGGCUCAAGAAAGACAAAACAUCACCAUCGCCUGCACUGCCACCGGUCAGCCACUUCCCAGCAUCACGUGGUCCAAAGCAGUUGGUAGUUUACCUGAAAACAGAACUGAAGUGUUGAAUGGAACCCUGACAAUACACAGUGUGACAAGAAUUGACGGUGGAACUUACAUUUGUAAGGCAGGAAAUCUUCUGGGAUCAGCAACAGAUACUUCGUUAGUAGUGAUAUUUUCUCAUCUUCGGUUUAGAGUCCGUCCUCCUCAGGAAGUGACACCUGUGAUUGGUUACAGCGUUCAUCUGCCGUGUGUGGCCGAGAGUGAUCUGAAACCGACAAUCGAUUGGACUAAGGAAGGCAACUCUUUACUUCCUGUAGGGUCCAAGGUUCUACGGAAUAAAACAUUGAACAUUCAGAAAGUUGGGAAAUCACACGAAGGAUCUUACACCUGCAGAGCGACUAAUGCCCUGACAACAAUAGAAGCGAAAGUCAAAGUCAAUUCUCCAGUUAUUGCGACCUCUUGUUCUUUGAUAAGAAAAUACAUCAGCAGUGUAAGCGGUAAUUACGUCAUUGAUCCGGAUGGCUCGGGAGGCCUGGCACCAUUUACAGUUUAUUGUGACAUGAGUGACAAGAAUGGAGUUGGGGUGACAGUCAUAAGUCACGACAGUGAGAGUAGAACGCAUGUGAAUGGGAAUGGGUAUUACGAGUGUUAUUACUCCGUGAUGUUUGCUAGUUACUCACGUGAUAUUCAUUACACAGGAGCGAGUCUCUCUCAACUGGCGAGUCUCACCAGAGUCUCCUCACACUGUGAGCAGUUUAUUAAGUACGAGUGUUAUCAUUCGUUCUUCACCCACAGCGGAACUAUUUUUGCCUGGUGGGUGUCAAGUGAUUCUAGUAAGAUGACGUACUGGGGCGGAGCAACACCUGGCAGUGGUAAGUGCGCAUGCGGGAUGACCAACUCAUGUGCAGAUCCCAGUUAUGGUUGUAACUGUGAUAAGAAUGACCAAGUAUGGCGUGAAGACAGCGGUCUCCUUACUGACAAGACACAUCUGCCAGUUAAACAGCUCAGGUUUGGGGAUACAAACGGUAGUGACAAAGGUUACCACACACUGGGAAAACUGAAAUGCUAUGGUAUAGCGUAACUGACCAUCGUCACUUUAAUUUUCAUGCUCCAAGUUAUGGCAAUCUCAGUAUUUGUAACAAUCAUUUUUGUUAUAAUUUGUUUUCGUUGGGAAAACUGAAAUGCUAUAGAAUGGCUUUAAAAAUCCUCACUGAUCAUUCUGUAAUGCUGUGAGUUUUUUAAAUUAUGGGAAGUUCCAAAUAAUCAUCGUCGUUAUAUUUUUAAAAAGGAAUCCACCAGAAGUUCGACUAUAAACAAGUGGACAAAAUCUUUGCACCAAGAUUACUUACACCGUAUUGCAAACUUCUAUGCGACUGUAUUAACUAUCCUCUUCAA